UACACGUGUAACUGAUCUUAUCGCACACAAACAUAUAAAGCGCUGCAUUGCCAUUGCAAACAUCUCCACCUGACUGAAACGCGCUCCAUAAUGACUCUGGUCACCAUCACUCUCAUCAGCGGUAUUCUUCUGAGCCUGUUCCCUCACACUCCAGCAGCAUAUGGGCCGCUGAACUAUGCCUGCUGUGUGAAAUACACUCGAACCCCUCUGCCCUUCAAGCUGAUCAAGGGCUUCAUCGAGCAGAGCUCCCGCGAGGUGUGUCGCAUAGAUGCCAUCAUUUUCUUCACCAAGAACAACAAGAAGGUUUGUGCGAGCGUUAAGGAUGAGUGGGUGAGAGCAGCGCUUGCUCGUCUGAGGUCCAAAAUAACUAAACUGACAGACAACGGGCCUCAACACCUCACCACUGCUCCCAUAACCACCAGCAGCCCAUAAAAUAUGGCUUUAAACAAACAUAUGACGGCAGAUUACAUUAAUUACUGGAAUUACUUUGACUUCUAUUCUGUCUAGUCAUCCUUAACAUGAAACUAUAUUUCUGUAAUCACUUCUCUAUCAUGCAAAAUGUAUAAUUCAGUCUGAGAUGCUGUACAGAUGUCUUAAACAGCAAUAUUGAUAAAAAAAGUUAAAAAAAAAAUGUAAUUUUCUAUGUAUGUCACAUAUAUCAUACUUUGACUUCUAUUCUGACUAAUCAUCCUUAAUGAAACUAUAUUUUUGUUCUCACUUUUAUAUCACAAAAAUGUAUAAUUCAGUCUGAGAUGCUGUACAGAUGAAAAAAAAAUAAAAACUGAAGUAAAAAAAAA